UCUUCCCCCUGCCCGUCCACGGCUUCUGGGAAAUAGAUAGGUAGCUCGCGUCCCUCUGGGGUUGCCUGCUACCUAUCUACCUGCUCGUGCCUGACUAGCACCUCGCUCCAUAAUGCGACGACGCCCUCCCGGUGGAGCCGUCGUCAUUGCCUGGCGCAGACGUCGCAGACGUCGCAUCCUACCAGAAUUGUAGCCCUAGUAGCGGUCUCGGAGCCCUGGGCUGUUUUUUUGACCUCUUCUUAUUCUUCCUGCAUUGUGGGUGGAUCGAGAGAGACCGCCAGUAUACCAAAAACAGUCUUACGCUCUCGCCUGAGGGACAAUUUUGUUUAUUACCUACGUGUCCGAUCUCUCUUCCCUCCGGGGACACCCACCCCCUUGUGAUUCUCGGCCUGCGCGAUGAGAACAUACGUAUACUUGUUGCCCUUUUACGCCUCCUAUGUCCCCUUACGUGUGAUUACUUCGCGGUAACUCGGGUAGCUCGGCGCGCGGCGUUGCUUAGCUGCGAGAGAAAAGCGGCAUGACGCGGGUACCGGUCAUCGAGGCGCGGCGCGGCUCCGAAGUCAAGUUCGGAUCCGAUAAUACGGAUGGCGUCCAGACGGAGACGGACGUCAAAGUGGCCGCCUCCGCCUCCGCUGCCGACCCCGACAUCGACCCCAGCCCCGACUCCGUACCCGACGACGAGCCGCCGGAGGGCGGACUCGUGGCCUGGUCCCAAGUCGCAUCGGCCCACAUCGCCAACAUGCUGUCCUGGGGCUACGGCACGGGAUUCUCCGUCUUCCAGCUCUACUACAAGCAGAAUAUGCAUUGGCCGAACGCCCAGGUCGCCUGGAUCGGCUCCGUCCAGAUCUUCUUCCUCUUCCUCCUAGGCAUGGUGUCGGGCAGGCUCUCAGAUGCCGGCUACAUGGUGCAUUCCUACGCCGGCGGAGCUCUCUUGACCGUGAUCGGCAUGUUCAUGACGAGCGUGUCGACUCAAUACGUGCAUAUAAUGCUUGCCCAGGGGGUCUGCAUGGGCAUCGGCGGCGGGCUGAUGUUCAUGCCGGCCACCGCGAACGUCACCACCUACUUCAAGAAGAAACGGUCGGUGGCCGUCGCCUUCAGCGGCUGCGGGUCGAGCACGGGCGCCAUCCUGUUCCCCGCCAUCAUCCAGUACCUGACACCGCAGGUCGGCUUCCCGUGGGCGGUUAGGAUAUGCGGGUUCACGUCCGUAUUUCUGGCCGUCGUCGGGUUGCUCAUCCUGACCCAGCGCAAACUGCAGAGGGUCCCGGCACCCUUCUUCGAUCUGGCUGCCUUCAAAUACACACCGUACACCACCUUCUGCGUUGGCGCGUUUCUCAUGUACUUCGGUCUGUUUACCUUGCUUAUAUAUAUCAAUUCGUUCGCUCGCGAGAUCAUCGGCUUUAGCGACUUGCAGUCCGUCAACUUCGUCUUCGUAACCAACGCGGUAGCCAUCCCGGCGCGGCCCAUAUUCGGCAUCAUCGCCGACCGCUACCUCGGAGCCGUCACCACGUUCGGCUGCAACACGGUCGCGCUCGGCGUCAUGGCGUUCAGCUGGAUCGGCGUCACCAGCGGCUCGGCCAUGUACGCCUACUCGGUCGUCAUGGGCUUCGUCAACGGGGCCGCCCAGGGCAUCGUCUCGAGCGCGGUGAGCAGCUUCGUCAAGGACGUGGCGAAGAUGGGCACCUGGAUGGGCAUGGUGUUCGGCCUCGGCGGCUUCGCGACCCUGGCCGGACCUCCGGCCAUGGGCGCCAUCAUCGACGCGAGCGGAGGUAGCUACCUGUGGGGCCAGGUUUGGGCGGGAACGUUAAUCGUCACCGGCGGCGUAACCGUUCUCGUGUCGGCCAGGCUGCUGGGGGGGCCACCGAAAACGGGAUUUUGGCCCCGAGUAUGACGGGCCAAGGCGAAGGGGAAGAAGAAGAAGCGUGAUCCCCUCUCUGUGAAGGCUGGGAGGUUGGGUAGGUUGGGCAUUUUCGUUCCGCAAUUGCUCCAAAGUUGUGACCAUAGCGGGUAAAAUGGGUAGGCACAUGGAGGUGCCGCAGCGAUAAUUGAUGGUAGGUAGGAAGGUACCUAUGCCUAGGUAGGUAAUUAGGGGACAGAAUCGAAUAGAGAUAUUCGACCGGGCUUCAUAUGUGUU